AUGGACGCGGACGACGCCAUGGUUUACUUCGACUUCGUCAAGUACGACGACGAGGGACAUCGUCACCAAACUUCUCAGGUCUGCCAUCGCGAUAGCACACCGCAUCUUGACGGCUCCGACAAUCAAGAACCUCCCUCGACGGACCCAUUCCUGAGCAGCGAUGAUGAUUCCCAGUCCAUGCAGUGGGAUCUCGCGAAGGCGGCAAGGCAUGACUACUUCAGCACCGAUCCGAUGCAGGGCAUCUCUUUGCCUCUCACGCCACCAGGUCCGGAGGAUGCCCUGAUGGAUCCGUUCGCAAAACUGCCACCGACGUUCGAGGAGGAGAAGUGGAACGUUGACAGAGAGACGGCGCAAUUUCUAUCAUCCGUCAUGUCGCUGAUGUCGCCUUCGGAGGAUCCGGAGCAUGACGCACACCUGGGCUUCAGGAAAUUCAAGGUCGAUGAGCCUCUUCUUUCGACUGACCCGAUCGUGGACAUACAACGAUUACAUGAGAGGAAUGUAGUGAGCGUGACAACUGCUGGCAUGGAUUUUUUCGUCUUGUCCAAGAAAAAGGAUGAGCGCCUGACUUGGGACAAGAAGUCAUUGAAGCUGCCCGAUCAGGUAGAGAAGGAGAUCGCCUCCGAGAAAGUCGUUGUCGACAGUGAGACGGCCAACUUUCUCAAAGAGGUAUUUCAAGACAUGGAAGGACCUGCACUACUCCUGGAAGAUUGUAGGACCAAGCGAAAGAUCAGACGAUUGGACGAGCUGAAGAUCUCAAGUCCUUUACUACCGCUGGACCCCACAGAGCCACCGACCAAGAAAGCGAAGACUGUGGCAUUUUCAGACGACCUGGCCAGCUUCCUACCUUCACUCGAGUCUAAUGAUGCUGACGAGGACCCAUACGAGGAUGCAGAAGAUGCGAUGCAAGAAGUUGCGGAGAUGAUAGCUCCACUCGCGGACGUCACGUCCGAUCAAGCGAAUGACGAAGAGCUCAUCGAGGUUGACACAACCAUGAGAGUUCCGGUACCGGCAGUCGACGAAAUCCCCCCAGCAGCACCGUGGCAAGUGCAUGUCGGGACCCAGCACGUUCUCAUCCAAGACGUGAAAGCUGGACUUGACAAGACCGAGAAGCAGUGGAGUGGUAUCACCAGCCUGGAGCGUCAUCUGCAAUGGAACGCAUUUCCCUCUCGCCUUGGAAAACCAAAGCCAGAGGGAGAAUUUGACGAUGGCUCACUCGCAAGAUAUCUGGCCGAGUUGGAUGUAGAGGGCGAUCCUGACAUCUCGUCGAUAAUUUGCAAGCAGGAAGGUCUGCGCAUUCUCGAUCCUGGCGAGGACGACGAUGACUAUCUUGAACCAGCCUCUGGAGAGCUGGAUGGACACACAAUCGACCUGCCAUCUCGACCGGUAUCAGCAGUGCAGCCACAGCUUGCUCCAGUCUUGCAGGAGCUUCCACAAGUGGAGCGAGUCCUGCAUGCCACGGAAGGCUCCACGAAAGAAUCAGCUGCACACGCACCAGGCUACCAGCCACAGUUGACAGUUCCGCGAGAGCCAUUGGAAUUUUCCAGCCUCGAUGCUCUUCUCAAGAAACGCAAAGACCAGCUCAAGCCAAAUCCUGCAGGCCCGACUGCUAACACACACACUCAAAGUCUUGGCCAAGGCCACCUAUCCGAAUUCCUGUCAAUGCAAGGCAUCACCCCGGUAGCCAGCUUUAUCAAGACAGUUCCCGUCGCAGCAGAUCCUGAACCAACAGCUCAACCACCUACCGCACCACCACCAGCACCUCAAUCCACCACAACCCAAGCCUUCCCCACUCCAUCAAUCACCCACGACGACAACCCCCUUCCAAUCCUAAUCUCAACCACCCUCCUCACCAACCGUCCCCUAAUCCGCUCCCUCAACAACCACCUUCCAACCCUCUCCCUCAUCGAACGCGACUACACCACUCCUCAACCACCCACCCCGGAAGCCGACCUAACCCUCUCCCCCAGCAUCGGCCUCACCCUCACAACCCUCCAACGCCUCAAACAGAAACCCCUCCCCGGAACCCGUCCCGACCCCAACAACCCCACUUUCCGCACCCAGCUCGCCGCCCAAGCUGACCGCUACGAAACCCUGCUCGUCUUCAUCACCCAUCCUACACCCUCUCCGGACCACCCGCUCUCUCCACGCGACGCGGAAGCGAUGAUGGACUUCACCCUUUUCACCACGACUUCCAUCCCCGACACAGACGUACAAGUCUCCCUCAUCCCCACUCCACCAGGAGGAGACGGAACAGACGUGCUAGCACAAUGGAUCGCCGCUGCCAUCAUUCGCUACGCGCCAAACCUCGACCCUGGAAUGACGGUUCUGCAAGAUGAAACGUUGUGGGAACGAUGGUUGAGGCGAGCGGGGAUGAAUGCUUUUGCGGCGCAGGUUGUGCUCGAUUUACUAAAGGCGGGAAAGGGCGAGGAGGGAGGGGGAGGGGUCGGGGACGGGAGUGGAGACUCGAUGAUGAGCGACGGUGGGGCGGAAGGUAGGAGAGGAGGUACUGUGACGGGCCUGGCGGCGUUUGUGAUGAUGAGCAAGGAGGAGAGGAUGAGGAGAUUCGCGGCUGUGAUGGGUGGGACGAGGGUGUUGGAACGGGUUGGGAGGGUUGUGGAUGGGAGGUGGAGGGGUGGUGGGGGUGGGGAAAUGUGA